ACGCUCCAGAGGCUUGUACUACUUUUUGCUUGCUGUCACUGCUACAUCACAGCUUUCUGGGACUCAGCCUACUGGCAGUUUGUUGCAAGUUCGAGGAGUCAACCUACUCGCAUUUUCACUUACAAUGAAAAUGUAUGGCAUAGACAGGGACCGACAUUUCAUACAUCUUCAUUGUCUGUGGAUUGUCGGCUAUGUUGCCUCCUCCCCCCUGCAUUCCAUUCCUGUCUCCAUCUCUUGCAAUGUGGGAAGCCAAGCCAUCCUUCCCUGCAAGUGGAAGUCCCAGCUAGACAAAAUCCCAGUUUGCCAUGUCCAGUGGCAGACACCUGAUGAGACAGUGUUUGAACAGAUGGGGGCGCAACGGUGGCAGGCAACCGAGUUUGAGGGGCGGGUGGAGGUACCUGAGGAAAAGCUGUGGCAGGGAGACUGCUCUCUGAUCUUGCAUGACGUGCAGUUUGGGGAUGUGGGGCUUUACGAGAGCUUCAUGGUGGUUGACAGGGCACGUAAUAAGAGACGGGUGUUCAUCCAGAGUGUCCAGCUCUCAGUCCAUGACCACACGUCCGAGGAGUCCUUGAGGGUGGGUGAAACCCUGGACCUGAAGCUCCACACUCCCCAGGCCAAGAAAGUGGUCUUCCAGGGGAGGAACAGCACAGAGAUGACGGUCCUGUGGAUGAGGGGUGAAGAGGAGGUCAACAGUGGUCGUCUUAAGGAGGUCAAAGGGUUUGUGGUCCUCAAAGGGUUGAAGAUAGACGACUGUGGGACAUAUACCGUGUUGGAUUCCCACGGGCUGCCGGUUAGCACGGUUCAUCUUACAGUGGAAGCAUAUCAGGUUGAUGAAACUCAAAAAUUCCAUGAGAUCCAGGGCAAACAAGCACUUAUCGGUAAAUCAACAUAUAACAGGUCCUCCUCUCUGCUUAUGUUAUUUGUCCUGCUGUUCAGUCCCCUGAUUCAACAUCUCCUCUAACAACGAUCUGUCAUGUAAGCAAGGUUUAAACCUAUUUUGCUGGUUUCCCAGACUGUCUGAAAUAUGUUUUACACCCAAAGCCAAAUCACAAAUCAGAGUGCUAUGGUGCUUUCCCAUGUGAAAACAGUGAAAUUGGAAAAUUCAAGAAAAGAGAAAUAAAUAAAAAUGCAACAAAUAUGUUGGUUGUUGUCUGGCCAAUGUUCCCAGGGAAUCUAAUAUCUAAUACAAUUAUAAAAAAUAAAGAUUGAGCCAGUUUCCAGGAUCAGAUUAACCCUAUUCCCAAUGGACUAAAUAGUGAGCUCAAUAGAGAAUAUCCAUUGAAACUGCUUUCUAGGCCAGGACUAGAAUGAAUCUGUGUCAAGAAAAUAAAAUCCCAUUAUUCAGUAUGAAGCCACUUUCUCUGUUACUGUCAGUAGUGUAGUGUAGGUCUAUAGCUUACUGGCCAUAUAUUAUACAGAGUUUAGGUCAUUCCAAUUCUGUAACAAAUUAGACUGUCCUGUCAAUUGUCAGUCUCUAUAUUUAAAUACUCAUUUUAUUUCUGGAAGUUAAGUAGACUUAGUUUUGUUUGUUCAAUUUACAUCAUCAAUUGCAGACCUGCCAACCCUGUCCAGCUUUUUAGAGUACCAGACGCGAACGGCAAAUUGGAGAUUCAAGGGUUUUCUUUCCCCCUCCACGCUCGUGCGCGCACCGUUUGUGUGUCUGAUCGCAAUAAUAGAAUUGUACCAAAUCAAGUCUUUAUUAGGCUGGAAUAGUUUCUUGACAGCAUUCCAUUUACACAUAUGGUAAAAGUCGGAAUAUCUCGGAAUAUCUGUACGGAGGGAGUUUUUUGUGACGUGGAUCAUAAUUACAGUUGUCUUUCAGAUUGCGUGAUCCUCGUAAUGUUACGUGGAAAAUAGAACAAAUGGGACGCAGAAUGAAAUGUAUAUCACACUCGCACAAAUGUGGCCGGUUGCUUUUCGUAUUUGCAUUUCAUUUCUUUCACUAGUAAAUGCAAGUGAACUGCUGGCACUUUAGAGCCCACUGAAUGUCUAUCUUAUGUUCGCUAACAUUAGUUUGAAACAAUGAGUGAUUCCACAACACACGGAGUCGAAAAGGGAUUUGUCCAUGUGUUCACGUACAGCUGACAGUCGGCAAAAUCAGCAUCACAACAAACAGGAGUGGCAGACACGGGAUAUCUACCUCGAAUAAUGAUGUAUUAAUCUCCAUGCCCGUUGACACAAACGCCGUACAUGUCUGUGUUGCAGCUCGACAAUCGGGAUGUUAGAUUUACUCAGUGGAUGUAUGUAAAAAAUAAACCAGGCCCUAUCAUUUCUGCCUACUUUUAUCUCUGAUCUCGUCCCCGCGUACAUGGACAGAAAAUUGCGUAGUUGGUACGCAAAAUGCGGGCAUGUUUGCAAAUCUGUUAUUGAUAUGAAAACCUGAGCUCAUGUUUAGUUUGGAAGUUCAGAGAUUUUGAUUAUUACGCACUACUCAUAAUAGUAAUAUAUUAUCAAAUUGAAUGAAAAUGUGAUUGUUGUUCAAUUUUAUUACAGCAAUGUAGUCUUUAUUGUAUAUUAAAUAAACCACUGAAUGAUU